UCUCUCUCUCUCUCUCUCUCUCUCUCUCUGCUCAUUUCCGUUUCCGUGCAGCGUCCCUCUGCACUGCUGGAGAAAGUUCGCAGCGGUUGUUGAGGUAUUUGAGGUUGAGGUGGUGAGAAUGGGGGACAUGGAGUCUCCGGCCGGGACCGAGUCCCGCGCAGCUGCAGUGUUUUCUCUCCUCAUGACUAAAGAACUGAUCGGAUGCAGAAAAGGACAACUUUUACUGGCAGAAGUGAUUUCAUCCUUCAUCAGUUUUGUGUGUUUUUGUGCUUCGACAGCAGCAGCGUUCGUCACGGCGCCGCUCCUCGCCUUCAUCUCCGCUCUGCUCAUCCUCUUCGCUCACGCCGUCAAAUUUCAUCAAAGAUUUACAGGCUUCCACUGGCCCCUGAUGGAUUUUUUGCGCUGCAUCACCGCCUCCAUCGUUUUCUUCAUCAUCUCCAUCAUGGCCGUGUCGAAAUAUCCAGACGGAUCAUCUAAAGCUGCAGGAGUGUUCGGGUUUAUCGCCACCAUCGUGUUUGCGUUGGAUUUUUACUUCAUCUUUAAUGAGCUCGCUGACUUCCUGAAGGGUGGUGGCUCUCACGAGGAACCUCAGAACAAACACGACGCUGACUCCGACUCGGACUCGGACUGAAGCGGGGACUGGGCUGUGAGGGACCCGGGAGAGGAGCCGCUCCUGUGCCUGAGGGGAAUAAAGCAAACUGUGCAGGUUUACAUUCAGGCUCAGGAUUGCUAAUGGGACACACACACACACACACACUGAGUACAUGUACACUUUUCUUCACUACUUCCUCUUGAGCACAAUUUACCCAGAAUGCAUUGCUGCACUCCUGUAACUCGACCUGAUCAUGUCUCUGUAGUAAAAAUACUGAAAUGUAUGAAUAUGUAUGAAUAUGCAAAUUAGGAAACUCUCUGACACA